GGUAUAUCUUAUCGAUAGCUCCGCGGUCACACUCCUGCGUUUACGUGUUUAUUUUGGCUUUAGUUUUGUUUAUCACUGAAAUUAAUAAAAUAUGACAAAUCUGCAGCGCUGGCUGUUCUACGCCUCCCUCUUUGCGGUGCCCUACCUUUCGAUUGUCUUGGGAGCAGUGCACACGCAACUUACCAGCAAGUACCUCCUGCAUAUUCAGCUCCUGCCUCUGGUACUCCUCGUGAUUUUCGGCAUCUAUUCCGUUUGGACUGUUCUGUACAGAACGCUCACUUUUAACGACUGCCCCGAGGCCGCCAAGGAGCUUCAGGACGAAAUUCUGGAGGCUCGCAAGGACUUGAUCGCCAAGGGAUUUCGGUUUCGUGAUUAGGGAGCGUGAUCGCAAGCUCCCAGGACCUGUGCAUGUUAAUCUGUAAUUCCAUUAUUUAUAAAAACUCAAGCAAAUGUA